ACAGCAGCCAAUCAGCUUUAAGGCUGAACAUCAGCUGGAAACCAGGAGGAAGUGGAGCAAAGGUCACGGAGAAAUAUGAAAUGUUCUUUCGGGGCGAGUACACGGUGGAGGUGGCGAUCAACGACUACCUGGACAUCUACUGUCCGCACUACGAGUGGCCAGAGGCGGCCGAGCGCAUGGAGCACUACGUGCUGUACAUGGUGAACUACGACGGGUACACCACCUGCGACCACCACAGGAAGGGCUUCAAGCGCUGGGAGUGCAACCGGCCGCAGAGCCCCAACGGACCGCUGAAGUUCUCCGAGAAGUUCCAGCUGUUCACGCCCUUCAGCCUCGGCUUCGAGUUCAGGCCGGGACACGAGUACUACUACAUCUCGUCUCCUCAUCCUAACCUGGCUGGGAAACCGUGUCUGAAGCUCAAAAUCUACGUCAAACCCACCAAUGACUCGGUGUACGAGUCUCCGGAGCCCUUCCUGACGGACGACACCACCGGCGGCUGCAGCCUCGCCCUGCCCGGCCUCCUCCUGCUGCCCGCCAUGUUGCUCUUCCUCCUCCUCGCCUCCUCAUAGCACCUCCUGCUCUGCUCCUCUUCUUCUUACUGUUGGACAGAUCUCCGUCUUCCCUUCGCUCGGAGGAGAAAACCAAUACAGCAGCAGCCUCCUUUCCCUGACCUCUGACCUUCACCUGAACGCCACUCAGCAGCUCAGCCAAUCAGAGGAGGCCAAGGUCACUGGUGGGAGGAGCCUGGAGCUCUGUGAUGGAUGUUUCUGCUCUGACAAAGUCCCGACUCCAUUGACUCCCAUGUUACCGCUGAUACACACGUAUAAUAUAUAUUAAGGCAAUAACUUCUGAUUACUUUCUAGAUUAAUCAAUUUAAAAUGUAAAAUCAAAGGUGACUUCUUUAAAUGUCUUGUUUUGUCCAAAACCCAAAGAUAUUCACUUUAAUAUGAUAUAAAGAGAAAAACAGGAAAUCUGCAAAUAGCAUUUCUAAUAAAUUAUGCAUGAACUAAUAAACUUAAAGGGCCACAGCAGUCGUUUAAGACACAAUGUUCGCUCCUCAUCGAUUACUUGUGUGCAGAACUUCAGUCACAUAUACAAAGCCCACUGAGACAAAUGUGUAAUUUGUGAUAUUGGGCUAUAUAAAUACAUUUGAUAUACUUUACAUCACAAUUCAACAUUUACGUGUUUUAGAUAUUUAAAGGUACUUUUCCGGGCGGCUGGUUUCUGUUCAUGUCGGUACAGAAUGAAAAUCCUUCAGACUGUUGAACCUUGUCGGAGAUUUUUAAUCCAUCAAAGUAAACAGCAACUCUGCCUUCGUUUGAUAUUACACUUUUGAUUUGAGGUAUUUAACCUGCUUAAUCGUGCAGCAAUAAUAAAGAUAUAAAUCAAUGCAGAGUUCAUGUCAACUGUGAUGGAUUAUACAAUAUGAUCAUACAAACCUGCUCAUUCAUUUUUAUAUUGUACAGAAAUCAAUGGCUGCCUGGAGAAUUAUUAAACAAUACAUCAAAUAAAUAACUUAAUAAACUGUUAAGUACUUACAGAAACCCUGGAGUCCCAAAAAGGUGCACAAGAUUUAAAUGUAUCAAAUUAAAGCCCUGUCUCUAUUCAUAAAUAUAAUAAAUUCAACAAUAUAAUAUUAUUUUAUAUUAUUAUAAUCUCAUGUACAAGCUUAAAAACAUUAUUUUAUCUAAAAAUAAAUGUUUAGGGGUUUCAUAAAUUCACAUAAUUUAGAAGCCAAAACUUGCAAACACACUGAUGUGGUCUUUUAGUGCAAUAUCUGACCAAAUCUGGUGGUACAAAAUUGACAAAAUUAUUAUUUAUGUCAGGAAAUAUAAAAAAAAACAAUAAUAAUCCAUCAGGGAGAUGAUCAGGUAAAAAAUAUCAGUGAUUGUAGCUGUUCAGAUAACAGAUUUAAAUCAGACUUCUCUUUUCAGGUAAUGAGUGAAAGAAAUAUUUGAAACACAGUUUUGUGCCAAAUAUUUACUUUCAACAUGGCGGUCAGUGGAGUCCAGCUUCAGUUUGCUUCUCUGGAGAAAUGAACACAUCCAGCUGAUCAUCAUCUUUGGCUUUUCAAAGCAGCUCUGGACUAAAACAUCAGCAGCAGAAAGAAACGAACAGACUUCAGUCAGAGCAGCGUUCACCAGCAGCUCUCUGUUCUGCUGCCGCCUUCGUCAGUUUUAAAUCUUUUCACUGAUGACAGUCACAGAAACCAGCCACAGCUGCCAAACACACAGCAGGUCCUGUAGCAAAAGUUAACAUAUGAACUUCAACCCUUCAUAAAGGAUGAAUGCACCUCGCUGGGCUCAUUGGUCACGUUUUCUACCAAUUUAGCGUACAACUGCUGGUAAGACACGUCUAACAAAGUUUGAGAUCUGACUGACAAACCCUCAAAAUAUUGUUAACUUACGAGCUAACGUAGCUUCACAGACCGAGGGGAGGAGCUAACGUAGCUUCACAGACCGAGGGGAGGAGCUAACGUAGCUUCACAGACCGAGGGGAGGAGCUAACGUAGCUUUACAGACCGAUGAGAUUAGCUAACGUAGCUUCAUAGACCGAUGAGAUUAGCUAACGUAGCUUUACAGACCGAUGAGAUUAGCUAAUGUAGCUUUACAGACCGAUGAGAUUAGCUAACGUAGCUUUACAGACCGAUCAGAUUAGCUAACGUAGCUUUACAGACCGAUGACAUUAGCUAACGUAGCGUCACAGACCGAUGACAUUAGCUAACGUAGCUUCACAGACCGAUGACAUUAGCUAACGUAGUUUUACAGACCGAUGACAUUAGCUAACGUAGCUUCACAGACCGAUGACAUUAGCUAAUGUAGCUUCACAGACUGACGGGAUUAGCUAACGUAGUUUUACAGACCUCCGAGAUGAGCUAACCUAGCUUUAAAGACCUAGGCGAAGAGCUAAUGUAGCUUCACAGAAUCAAAAUCAGAAAUCCUUUAUUUGUCCCACAGCAGGGACAUUUUCAGAGCGAUGGGACGAGCUAACGUAGCUUCACAUACCAACUCAAUAUUCUAAUACAUUUUAUAAAACAAUAUACAUACAUAAAUGAUUACAUGUUCACCCCGAAUCCGAACGAUCAUAUACAUUUACUAAUAAUUUUGAACAUUGUGGCUCAUUUCUGUGACUAAUCGUGAUCAGUGAUGAAUAUAAAACAGAUGAGACUGUCGUCUCUCAUUCAUUAUGUCUCUCGCCCACCUUCAGCAGCAGACGGCCUUUUAUUUCUGUAAAUCUGCCAAAGACUAUUGUUAAACUUUUCUAUUACUGGGUGAAGUCAUACAGCAGCUACAGGGGUCAUUGUGACCCCGCCCACUUCUGCCAUAAGGGGGCGGGGUUAUAUCAGGGGGAGGAGUCACGCCCAUUUUUCUUUUCUAAAUCGUGUCGUUUUGUGGUAAAAAUAAAAACGAAUGUUAAGCGCAAAACUAAAAUGAACCAAUCAAAAAUGGCCUUUUUCCCACUGGUGCUGAAUUUUUAGUGACUGACUUGUUUUAUGGGAAACAGCAACACCGUGUGGUCGAGAGGACGGGUUUUCUUUUCUCUUCAUCUCUUCAUACAAUCCCUCCAUCUCCACUGAUGGAGGACGAGCGUGUCCUUGUGUGUGUGGACGAGCAGGGGCAUGCUGGGAAAUGCAGUAUAUAUAUAACGAACGCACUGUGAUGGAGGACGGAUGGAAAACAAACUGACUUCGUUUCUUCGUUUGGUACAAAAAAAAGCUUAAAUUCAAGUUUUUAUUUUAUGUUUGUGCCAUUUUUCAGUUUUUAAAAAACGCAGUAGAAAAUUCAUAUGAGAUAUGAAUUUCAUGAAGGAAUCAGCCUGAUGUUUGUUGUUGUUGUUGUUGCAGUUGAUGUGUUUCCUCUAUGUUCCUGCUUGCAUCACAAUGCAUUCUGGUCUUUGUAGUCCUGUGCUUUCUGGUUCCGUUGAUGAAUAAGGUUUUGGUGGGUUUUUUACAGUUCAUCCUCUUUUUUUUGGUUGAUUUUCAUGUGGAUGGAAUCCGUUUUUUCGUGGCGUAAGAAAUGUUAAAGAAGCUGGAAGAAAGAAAAACUACAGAAACAAAGUUCUGAUGGUUUUGUGAGUGGCAGUGAGACCUCCCUGCCAUCUCUGGUUUACAGGUGUCUGAGAAGAAAAUGUUUUUCUACAUCCAAAUGUCUGCAUAUUCUAUUCUCUGAAAGACAAAAAAAUCUGUUUUUGUAUAUUUUCUUAUUGGAUGCUUAUAAAGUAAUGUUAAAGAAUGCAUUUAUCUGAUUGGCUAAAGAGCUAACGAGGGGUCAGAGGUCAUCGGGCCUCUUCAGGACAUUUCUUUUCUGCGCUGCAUGAGCAGAAAAAAUAAAAAUACAUUUACUGAGUUUACUUUGAAGAUGAUUUCAGAGAGAAAAUGUUAAGAAGUGUAUGAAUCUGUGUUUGAUAAAUUCACCAAUAAAACAAUG